AUGUCCAUAAAUGGCUCUUUACAUGGUUUCUUUGAAGGGAAAAGGGGGCUCAGGCAGGGUGAUCCUCUAUCACCUAUACUCUUUGUGCUGUGUAUUGAGUAUCUAUCCAGAAUUCUGGUGAUGGUUGGUGAGAAAAAGGAGUUCAAGUUUCAUCCCAGGUGUGCUGAUUCAAAACUGAAUCAUCUGUGCUUUGCAGAUGAUAUCAUUCUAUGUUGCAAGGGGGAGUUUAAAUCAGUCCAUAUGUUGAUGCAGGAUUCCAGCUGUUCUCUCUUUCCAUUGAGAAUCCUUGACAUGAUUGGGUUUUCUAGGGGUUCUUUUCCUUUUAGAUACCUUGGUAUUCCAAUCUGUUCCAAGAAGAUCAGUGUUGCUGAUUGUGAAAAAAUUGUGGAAAAAAUGUGUGCUAAAAUCAAAUCCUGGAGCUCCAAAAAUUUGUCUUUUGCUGGAAGACUAACUUUGGUGCAAUCUGUACUGAUGACUAUCCAAACAUAUUGGACUCAGAUCAUGAUUCUUCCAAAGAGUAUCUUCAAAAAUUUCAAUAACAUUUGUAGAUGCUUUCUCUGGAAAGGGGUUGCUGAUUAUAGUAGUCCUGGUAAAGUGGCUUGGAAACAACUGUGCAGACCAAAGAAUGAGGGUGGAUUGGGGCUGGUUAAUUUAAAUCUAUGGAAUCUAGCUGCUAUGGGAAAACAUGUGUGGAUGAUAGCCACAAAAAGAGAAAACAUCUGGGUUAGAUGGGUUCACUCAGUGUAUAUUAAAGGGGAGAAUUGGUUGGAUUGCUCUCCUAAGAAUACUGAUAGUUGGUACUGGAGGUCCAUUCGUCAUGUUAGAGAUCUGAUGAAAGUUCAUCUGUCAGAGGCUCAGUUAUGUUCUAUCCAGAAAUACUCUAUCAAAAAAGCAUACUGCAAGUUGAUCCUUCCUGUUGCUGAAAAAGUAUACUGGGCUAGUGCUGUGUGGAGUCGUUUAGCCCAAGCUAAGCACAUAUUCAUCACCUGGCUAGCUAUUUUAGAAAGACUUAACACUAAAGACAGAUUAAGAUAG